CUAGCGUCUCCUCCCGAGUCCCUCUCGUGGACGGAAGCUUCUUCUCCGAGUCCCUCUCAUGGUCGAAACCGCCAGGCUUGUACUUCUCAAACCCCGGCCAUUGAGUACCUCUCAAACUUCGCACUUCGCAGUCGCUGGUUCGGGUUUGGUUUUCUCAGGUGGGAGUCGAGCGAGGCCGAGGCGCGCGCGCUAGUCAAAUCGCCGAACAACUUACACUCCUCGGCGUAAGUGCGAGAUGGCUGAGACGGAGGCUUACACGACAGAGUCACACACGGAGGAGACGGAUGCGGACACAACGGAGUCAGAGAUGGAGUCAUACACGACGGACACGGACAGUUUGCCGGAGCUCACGCCGGAGGAGAUGGCGCGGCUGCUGGAGCCAGACCCGGAACUCACGGACGACGAGAAGGCGCUGCGGGCCCUUCACCUCGUCUGCUGCAGAGAGCUCACCGAGUACGACCCCAAGUCGGAAGCUUAUGUCUGCACGCGCUUCUCCAGCUUCAACAUAGCCCUCUUCGACCUCGACGAAGAAUCCGAGGCUAUCCAUGGGCCGCCGCUCCAGGAGCUGACCAAUUCUCAGUGGAGGUCAAUUAACGAGGCAUCUGUUAAUGUCAUCUCCUUGAAGGUAAUCCAGUCCGACGUGGGCUACCCGAUCAAUGUCUUUGGUACUGUUCUGGCAAGGGAUGAGGUCGACUACAAGUGUGUCUACUUGUUCCGGCGCGAUAGGGAUGAUUCCCAGUACAUCGAGUCCCCGGAGGACAUGUUAACUUUGACAGGUCCAAGUCGAGGACUUGUCGUAUCAGAUACCAUAUUUUUUGAGAUCAACCUAAAGAUUAGGGGCAAUGUAAUCACCGAUGACAAAGAUUUUAGCAAAGGUGUAAUAGAGCACUAUAUUGUUCCCUUGGCCAGGGGACCCAAGACUGAGCUGCUAACUAGCUGGCUGAGUACGGUAGAACUGGUAUUGGCGCCUGCUCCAUUUGCCGUGGCAGCUACCGUUAAAAUCAAUAUUUUGAAUGGGCCAUGUGAUGCUCCUUUCAGAGGCAAAGUAACUGCUUGGACCGCUGGAGAUGCUGAGACCCAUAUCAUUCUGUACGAAUACGGAAACAAAGCGAUGGAUGAUCUUCAAUUAAUCAAAGAUGGCGGUUCGAUUGCUUUAAGCCAUAAUCUGGUGGCCGUCCCUGUCCCUAAUUCCUUGUAUGAUGAGUAUGAAGAAAUAGUGCUCACUGUUUGUUUUACUACCAGUAAUGAUGAGGAUGAAUGCACCUCGGUCACUCUACAAUACCCUCAGGAAGAGAAGGUUUGCAAUCACGGUUCCUAUGAGCUUCAAGUGGAGGUUACUUGGACAAGCAUUCUUGAAGGGCCGUUCGGCACAGAUAUUGACAAAAGAUGGAGCUCUGUGCCUCAAAAACUAUUGUUGUUCUAGGAUGCUUGGUCGGAUACUGAUUAUAUGUCUACAAUUCUACCUGAUUA